AUGCCCGGCCGAGUUCUACCGGCCUUCACGGCCGCGGAGGUCGCAUCGCAUAACAACGCCAAAUCCUGCUAUAUCGCGAUCGGCCGAAACGUUUACGAUGUCACUGACUUCGUUCAAGACCACCCCGGCGGUGGUGAUCUGAUUCUGGAUUACGCCGGCAAGGACGUGGAGGAGAUCAUGAAGGAUGAAAUUUCUCACGAACACUCCGAGGCCGCAUACGAGAUCCUCGAAGACUACCAGAUCGGCUUCCUCUCCUCAGGAGUAGGCGCCUCCGGCAAAGCGACCUCAACUGCGGUGGAUGCCGGUGUUUCGGACUCUGGUCCCGUCUACAGUACUACCGGCAUGUCGAAAGAGGAGGAUCUGUCGGUUGAGACAGAUUUCAGCCAGGACUUCAAGACGCACAAGUUUUUGGAUCUCAGCAAGCCUCUUUUCCCACAACUCUGGUACAGCAACUUCUCUAAAGAGUUCUAUCUGGAGCAAAUUCACCGACCCCGCCACUACAAGGGUGGUGAGUCUGCGCCCCUCUUUGGCAACUUCCUGGAGCCCCUCAGCAAGACCGCUUGGUAUGUUGUACCCAUGAUCUGGCUGCCGCUGGUCGCCUAUGGUACAACGGUUGGUGCAGCAGGACUCGGUAAUUUUUCCGCUGCUACCGCCUACUGGAUUGUAGGUGUGUGCCUCUGGACUCUGAUCGAGUAUCUGAUGCACCGCUUCCUCUUCCAUGUCGAUAAUUGGCUUCCCGACAACAGCGUUGGCCUGACCCUCCACUUCCUGCUCCAUGGUAUCCACCACUACCUUCCAAUGGACAAGUACCGGCUGGUCAUGCCCCCCCACGUUGUUUAUCCUCCUAGCAGCCCCAUUCUGGAAGCUGGCCCAUGCUGUCUUUUUCUACAACUGGUAUACUGUGGCGGUGUCUUCGGUUACGUGUGCUACGAUCUGACUCACUACUUCCUCCACCAUCGCAAUCUUCCUCUGUACUACAAGGAACUGAAGAAGUACCAUCUCCAGCACCAUUACGCUGAUUUCGAGAACGGUUUCGGUGUCACCAGCCGAUUCUGGGAUCGUGUCUUCGGUACUGAAUUGGAAGCCCCUGCUGCUAAGGGCAGCAAGGCUCAGUAA